AUGCCAGUACCGUCGCUCGUAAUACCCCGCGACAACAGCAGCUCGGACGACACGAUGCUGAAAUUUGUUGAUCCGACGAAGGAAGUUAACGUGGGACUAUGGUGUCUAUUUGGCGGUGCCUCGGUGUUCCUGGGCCUGCGGAUCUGGGUGAAGUUCACCAGAUUACAGGGGCUCUGGUACGAUGAUUACAUUCUCGUAGCAUCAUGGGUGGUCCUCUUAGUGAACGAUAUCCUGAUAUGCUGGGAAUACGCAAAUGGAUAUGUCAGCCAGACCGGCGAGUGGGACAAACACAUGCACAUCAUCAUCAAUAUCACGUCGUGCGGCACGCUUAUCGGGCAGGCAUGGUCCAAGACGGCCUUUGGCGUUACACUGCUACGCAUAAGCAAUAAAUGGCAGAAGUACGUCCUGUGGUUUUGCAUAGCCACUAUGAAUAUCUUCAUGAUCCUCAAGUGUAUCCUCCAAUGGGCGAAGGUCUGCGAUGGCGCAGACGAUUAUCAGGCGUCGUAUCGGCUCAAAUUCUGCAUUUAUAAAAAACUCCGGAACGAUGUUAAGGAGGGAGGCCAGGUUUAUAACGUCAUUAUGGACUUUGUUUUCGCGCUGUUUCCGUGGAUGAUCGUAUGGAAUCUCAAAAUGAGGAGGAAUGAAAAAAUCGCUCUCUGCGCCACGUUGAGCUUAGGAGCUAUGUGAGUUCAGACGUCCCGGACUUGCAGCGAAGUCGCUCUCAGUGAAGGGUAGUUCACUAAGACCAUUCCAGAAUUGCGGUUCUUACAGCUGUAAGAACGGCCUGGAAGAACGAAUCGAACACCCACGAUGCUUGGUAUUACUGGAAUAACGGAAUAUCUAACAUUUGGUACUCAUCUGAAGUGGCCGGGACGAUCUUGGUGCAAUGUAUUCCUAUCUUACGGCCCUUCCUGCGCGAGGUACACACCUCCCUCACUCCAAGGGAACGAGAAUACCAUGAGAAUGGCCGAUAUAAUAUAUUUCGAAGCACAGGGUAUAGCUGCGAAAUAUCGGGGAGGCGCCACUCUUAUGGCAGCUAUAGGAACGUUUUGGUUGGCGACAAAGGCCACGAAUUUAUCAAGCUACAGAG